UCCCUCCCUCCCUCCGCCUCCCCCGCCCGCUUCCGCCCGGCUUCUCAGCCUCCUUAUUGACAAACACAGCGGCCGCCGCGGCGACUCUCGGCGCGCGCGUGCAGCCAAGCCAUGGGAGACAAGAAGAGCCCCACCAGGCCGAAGCGGCAGCCGAAGCCGUCCUCGGACGAGGGUUACUGGGACUGCAGCGUCUGCACCUUCCGGAACAGCGCCGAGGCCUUCAAGUGCAUGAUGUGCGAUGUGCGGAAGGGCACCUCCACCCGAGAAGAAAAAGCUGGAUCACUUACCAGUAACUGGAGUUCUCCUAUUGGGUAAUCUCCACAGAUCCACAUUCUUUGAAGUUAUUGUGAAUGCCUCGAGGACCAAGGGACCGUUGAAAUUUCCAAUUUCAGGAAGGAAACCUCGACCUGUCUCCCAGUUGGUUGCACAGCAGGUUACUCAGCAGUUUGUGCCCCCUACACAGUCAAAGAAAGAGAAAAAAGAUAAAGUAGAAAAAGAAAAAAGUGAAAAGGAAACGACUAGCAAAAAGAACAGUCAUAAGAAAACCAGGCCAAGAUUGAAAAACGUGGACCGGAGUAGUGCCCAGCAUUUGGAAGUCACCGUUGGAGACCUGACAGUCAUUAUUACAGACUUUAAGGAGAAAACGAAGUCACCGCCUGCAUCUGGUGCGGCUUCUGCAGAUCAGCACAGUCAGAGUGGCUCCAGCUCUGACAACACAGAGAGGGGAGUGUCCAGGUCAUCUUCACCCAGAGGAGAAGCCUCAUCAUUGAAUGGAGAAUCUCAUUAAAGUUUACUUUCUCCAGUUUCUUAGUCACUUCUGUCAAACCAUGCAGAUACACAGAUGAUGCCAAGAAGUACCACAUUUUCAUGACAAGCGUAUUCAUGCACAGUCCAUAAUUUGCAUUUGACAUAAAAUAAAAUUUGUUAGAAUUUGUUAGAUUUUAUUGCAGUCUAUGCCUGCCAGACAUUUCCAGACUUAACAUUUUGGUCUCCACAGUUAAAGGUGCCAUGAAAAUGUGGUUGAAUUAUUCAUUAUGCAGUGUUAUUGGUAAGUCUAUUUUCACUUUUAGUUUAGUGAAUUCUAACACAUAAUUCUUGAAUUCUCUACUAUUGGCAUGUAACGAAUUUAAAUUUUUAUAACAUAGUGCAAGCUGCCUAAAUAUGUAUUAUUUGAGAAUUGUGAAAUAAAUAGUUAUAUGUAUACAAGUCAGAAAUCAACCUAAUCAACUAUUGCUGCAACAGAAUUUUCUUAAUGGCUGUCCUCUUAAAUGCACCUGCUGGGACUUGGUGUGGUUAAAUAGGAAGAUUGCUAUUAAAUAAAGAAUUUGUACGAACCAUUGCCAAUGUUUUUUGGACAUUUUACUAAAUUAUUGUUCCUGAAUUAUGUUUUAGGUUUUAUCUGUUUUGGGGGGCAGAGUUUGCUUAUCUUUCAAAACAUUCAUUUAUUGUAAUGUUUACUAGCAGACUAGUAAACAAUAAAACAUUGGUUACUUAGCUUUAUAAUUCAUGUUUAGUGCUGUUGUCAUUGAACACUGGUAUUUUCUGUAUUAUAUAGAACAUUAAAAUUCAAGUAAUUAUAAGCAUUUGGCAAAAGCAGAAGAGAAAAGAAACCUGUCAUAUUUUAAAAGCUGCAGUUUUGGAAAAGCUUUAACUUAAUAGUUUUAUCACUGUUUCCUUGCCCCAAACUUAUCCAGGGUCAUAGAAGUAUGAAUCUAAUUAAUACAGAAAUGGGAACUGUUGCACAGAACUGGGAAAUAACUAAUCUUUAAUCAGUUUAAUUGGCCUCUUAUUAAAUAUAACAAUUCUUAUAAAAAUUAUAGUAUCCUAUUUUCAGAAACAAUUUCCAGUUUAUGCAUUUAUCAAUAUCCUAAAAUUUAAAAAGUAUUUAAGCCCCACUUACUAUUAUGUAAAUUUACCAAUAAAAUAUUUUUAUGACUACA